AUGCCUCUGAAGCUUGCACUGCUGCUCACCCUCCUGGGCACCUUGCCAGUGUCAUUGGCUGAGCCAGCACAGAGCAGCUUCUGGGAGUACCUCAGCCAGCUGACCAGUGACAAGGAUGGCACAGAGCACAGCCAGGGCAGCAAGCUGGGCAGGGACAUCACAAACCUGAAGGAGAACAUUCAGGAUGGGGUCAGCUACAUGGGAAACUUCCUGGAGAAGCUGGCACCCCUGGGCAGCAGAGGACCCCAGCCCCAGCUGUACCAGGACUCGGGCAGCUUGCGGAAGAUCAUCAGGAAAGAGCUGGAAAGCCUGAGGGUGAAGCUGUCACCCUACGUGGAUGACGUCCACCAGAAGGUGGGCAAGCACCUGGACGACCUCCACUACCAGCUGCAGCCCUUCACGGAGGAGCUUCUGGAGCAGCUGUCCCUGAAUGCCCGCAAGCUGCGGCGGCACCUCAUGCCCAGCCGGGAGGUGACUGCUCAGCUCCUGCAGGGUGCAGACGAGGUGCAGAAGUUCAUGGCUCACUAUGCCGACAAGAUUGCCUUCCACACCGACCAGGUGAAGGACAUUUUCCACCCCUAUGCAGACAGGCUGGUGACCGAGAUCCACCGCAAUGUGGAGGAGCUGCACAGAAACGUCAGCCCUCACACCCAGGCCAGCCCGGAGAAGCUCAACCGGUACAUCCAGGAGCUAUCCACCAAGCUGACCCAGAACGCCAAGGACCUCCACCAGAAGAUCCAGAAAAACCUGGAGCAGCUCAAGGUGAAGCUGAGCCUCUACCCCGGCAGACUGCGGGAGCAGCCUGCCCCUGCAGAGGAGCUGGCCCGGGAGGUGCAGCGGCGGGUGGAGGAGUUCCGGAGGGACACGUACGUCCAGAUCCAGGCCUUCACCCGGGUGCUGGACCGGGAGACGGAGGAAAUGCGGCUGAAGCUCUCCUCCGGGCCGCCCGCCCUAGGGGAUUCCCAGGAGGGUCCUCCCGCCAUGGAGGACCUGCGGGCGCGCCUCGACGCGCUCUGGAGGGACCUGGCGCGCAGCCUGGGCGAGCGCGGCGGCGGCGAGGCGCGCUGA